UGUAUCAAUUGGAAAGACGGUUAGACGGGAAUUGUGAUUUGCGCAAAAAAUAUAACGAGUUCAUCCAGGAAUAUAUAUGCAUGAAACACAUGACACAUGUCGGUAAGCUGGAUGAGUUACCCUCAAGGCAAGAUCAAGUUGUUUGCUAUUUGCCCCACCAUCCAGUGCUAAAGGAAUCGAGUUCUACAACUAAACUACGUGUUGUAUUCGAUGGAUCAGCGAAAACAUCUAAAAAUUUUUCUCUCAAUGAAGCACUGCUCACCGGUCCUGUAAUACAAGAUGAUCUUUUAGUACUUAUGCUUCGUUUUCGUAAACAUGCCGUUGCCCUUGUUGCGGACGUGGAGAAAAUGUACAGGCAAAUCAAAAUACAUCCCACCGAUGCUUCGUUACAAAGAAUACUUUGGAGAUUUAGUUCGUCCGACCCUGUUCAAGUCUAUGAAUUACAAACGGUCACAUAUGGUUUAUCCCCAUCAUCAUUCAUUGCCACUCGAGUACUUCAACAAUUGGCGACGGAUGUAGGAAAGAGGUACAAACGGGCUGCGGGUGUGGUAACCGAAGAUUUCUAUAUGGAUGAUUUACUAUCCGGAGCCGAAACAAUCGACGAAGCUAAACAUUUGCGUUACGAAAUUCAAACGUUACUCGCAGAAGGCGGAUUCCAGCUACGAAAAUGGAGCUCUAACUGUCAGGAAGUUCUGGCUGAUAUGUCUUCGGGAGAGUUACAAACAACGACUACCUUAUAUUUCGAAAACGAAUCAAAAGUAAAAACCCUUGGAGUUGCAUGGGAAACAAAAACGGAUCAGUUUUGUAUCGAUAUACAGCCAAAUGUGAAUGAUGGCUACUGGACUAAACGUAAAAUAUUCUCAUCAAUUGCUCAAUUAUAUGAUCCUCUUGGCUUGGUAUCUCCCGUUGUUACUUGGGCGAAAAUACGUAUGCAACGUCUGUGGCUAGCCUCUCUUGAAUGGGACGAACGAGUACCUGACGAAAUUGAAAUACAUUGGAAGGAGUUCAGUAAUCAGCUGUCGCUUUUGCGAAUGUUUAAAGUACCCCGUUUCGUAUUUUUACAAAAUUCCGUGGAAACUCAAUUUCAUGUGUUUUGCGACGCUUCAGAAUCAGCCUACGGUACUUGUAUAUACGCUCGCUCAAUGAACGUUACUGGAAAAGUUAAGACCGAAUUGAUUACCUCGAAAUCACGAGUUGCACCUCUGAAAAGAAUCAGCUUACCACGUUUGGAGCUUUGUGCUGCACUAUUGGGUGCCAAGCUCUACCAUAAAACUGCAUGCGCAUUACGAAUGAAGGACACUCCGUGUUGGUUAUGGUCGGACUCUAUAGUCACUCUAUAUUGGAUUCGAGCACCAUCAAAUACUUGGCAGACCUUUAUCGGGAACCGUACUGCCGAAAUUCAGCGGCUUACAAGCGGUAAAAGCUGGAAACAUAUUAAAGGAACUGAUAAUCCUGCUGAUGUCGUUUCUCGUGGAAUGUUGCCGUCAGAAUUUAUGAAAAGCACAAUGUGGCUCCACGGUCCGGAUUGGCUCCGUGAAGAAGAGGAAAGGUGGCCUAAGAACACGCAAUUGAUUCCGCCCUCUGAAGAAAUCCUGGAACGAAAACGAACGGUGAUGGUUGCUCAAGUUGUCCUGAAACCAUUUUUUCUGUUUGAGCGGUAUUCCAAUUUCCAGCGUUUGCUCAGAAUAACAGCAUAUAUAUUACGCUUUUUAAACUGUUGCCGAAGCAAGCAAAGAAAGUCACAUGAAGAAUUUCUCUCAGCGAUGGAGUUGGUACAAGCCAAGGAAUGCUUAGUGAGGUCAGCCCAGUAUGAAGCCUUCGCUGAUGAAAAGAGAGCACUGGAAUAUAAAAGACCUCUGUCAAUGAAAUCUAAUUUGAAACACUUACUACCUUUCGUCGAUGAUAGAGGAGUCUUGCGUGUCGGUGGAAGAUUGGCGCAAUCCACAGAGAGCUACAAAACUAAACACCCUAUGAUAUUACCAGAUAAGCAUCCAUUAUCUCGCAUGACUUUGUCUGCAAUGCGACAAGAAUUCUGGCCCAUACGUGGAAAAUUACUCGUACAUUACGUUUGUCGAAAUUGUCAAAAUUGUUUCCGAUUGAAUCCUGUUCCUGUAACACAACCCGUCGGCCAGUUGCCCACUUCACGCGUAGUUCCAAGCCGUCCAUUCGCAAUUACUGGUGUUGAUUAUUGCGGUCCAGUAUACCUGAAGCCAGUCCAUCGUCGUGCCGCUCCGAAAAAAGCAUUUAUCGCUAUAUUCAUUUGCUUCAGUUCAAAAGCAGUUCAUAUAGAAUUAGUAUCCGAUUUAUCAACAAAUGCAUUUAUCGCUGCCCUGCGCCGCUUCAUCGCUCGCCGUGGGCUGCCAAACGAGAUCCACUCAGAUAAUGGAACCAAUUUUCGAGGUGCCAACAAUGCUCUUGCAGAUCUUUACCACCUUCUGAACCGUAAAUCGAGUCAAGAGAUCUUUUUUAACGAAUGUGGCGCGAAAGGAAUAACCUGGAAGUUUAUCCCACCAAGAGCACCCAGCUUUGGAGGCCUGUGGGAAGCGGCCGUGAAAACUGCAAAAAGUACAAUGGUCAAAACAAUUGGGAACUCCAAGUUAUCAUAUGAAGAUUUUGUUACUGUUCUGACACAAAUUGAAGCGAACAUGAAUACGCGUCCGCUUACCCCACUCUCCGAGGAUCCUUCCGAGUUAGAUGUUUUAACCCCUGGACAUUUCCUCACGGGAUCGUCGCUCGCAGCCUUACCAGAUCCGGACUAUUCGAACAUUCCUUUGAAUCGUCUCAAACAUUAUCAACAGCUGCAACAACUAGUUCAAAACCACUGGAAAAGGUGGAAAAAGGAAUACUUAACCGAAGUGAAUAAUCAGCGAAAAAAGACAUCGAUACCAGUUAGCCUUCGGAUUGGUCAAAUGGUUCUGUUGCAGGAAGAUAACAAAUCGUCCAUCGCUUGGCCUCUCGCGAGAAUCGUCGCAGUGCAUCCAGGAGAAGACAAUAUCAUCCGGGUGGUCACCGUCAAAACAGCAAACGGAAUUUAUAAAAGACCAACCUCACGAAUUUUUCCGUUGCCUUCAGAUGAAUCAAUCGGUGUACAGGAAUCUGUGCAAUAAGCAAAUCUGUAAGAAAUGUUGACAACAACGGAUUCGAUAGUUUUGUUUAUGUCUAUUGUAAAUUGUCUAAAGCCAAGUUUAGGUGGCCGGCUAUGUUACAGUUGAUAGUAGAUACGGAGCUUAGAAACAAGAACGCAGCCAGAAAGAGUAACGCUUUCCAUCUUAGUAGUAGAAAAUGUAGUAGAAAAAAGAAUGUCUCUCUUAGUUCGCCAUAGUUAACUCGGUAUCACCAUUCUCAA